GGAACACAAGCACACAAGAGAGUGUAGCUGGGACGGAACCGACACGAUCGCGGCGCUGGAACCAUGCAGUAUGGAGGAGGGUAUGGCCCUCACUUCACAAACGCACCAAACCCGGGCAUGCUGGAUUACACGCCAUCUUCGACCAUGACCGCCAUGGGCCAACCAGGUCAAACGGCACCGGCACAGGGCGUGGCCCACCACCAGCAGCUCAUGCACAUGCAGUCCAUGCCGUCCAUGCAAACGAUGCAAACAAUGCACGCCAUGCACCCAAUGCAGAUGGGCCACAUGCAGCUGCAGCCACAACACGUUCUCCCCUGGGCCAUGCAACCGCCAAUCAGCAACAUGAUGCACGCCGGCAUGGCUUCGCAAGUGCCCAUGCACAUGCAGUCCAUGGCAGGCGCAGGCGGCGGUGACGGAAGUGGUGGUGCCUUGACUGCCGCCUCCCACGCAAUGGGCCACCAACGCCACCACCAAUACCAAUCCGUGUACAUGCACCCACAUCCCACAUACCCGGCCGCCAUUGGCACCAACGCUUACAGCAGCGCUGUCAACGGCGGCCACCAGCGCCACAGCAGCAAGCACCACCAGCACCAACACCAAUCACCGCACGGCAUCACACAGGUCUCCACAUCCACAUCCACACCACCCGCACCCACCACCAACACCACUACCGCCGCUGCCGCAGCCACCGCAACAGAGGGCAGCCAUCAGCCGGCCGUCAAGCAGGAGCGCGGUCGUGUCCCCACCAAACCGCGGCUUCGUGCUACCUCCGGUCCGCGUUCAAGUCAUGCCUCGAGCCGAUCGUCCCGAGCACAGACGCCCACGCCAACACGGCUUGCUGCUGGUGGCACUGCCACGGCGCCCAGCGCUGCCACCGCUGCCGCCACUUCUACGCCCGCUGCAACUGCCGUGCCACCGCGAUCGGUGGUGUGGUUCCAGGUGUUCACGCACACGGGCCAAGCUGCCACAGAGGAAACCAAGGUGGAGGUGGGCCCGGCCACCCAGACGCUGGACGACCUGAAAGAGGCCAUUGCCGCCAAAAUGCCGCAGGUGGUGGAGUGCCCGCCGUCGGCCCUUCGCCUCAGCCAAUGCGGCGAAGCUCUCAGUCCCCGCGCGCUCGUGUCAGCCGUCAUUGCCAGAUCGUUCGACAACCCCAUUGUCGCCACCCUGCCCGCUCCUCACCACGCUGACGCACCGUCCGUAUCCUCAACGCCUGCCGACGCCUCUGCGAGCACCAUCCACCUGCCCUCCCGCAUCAACUCUGUCGGCGAGUCUGUGACGUGGGGCCGCAAGCUGUGGGACGCCGGCGUGCGCACCAUGGCCGACGCCACGGCCCGCGGCAUUGUCAUUCGCCCCAAGCGGCUGUGGCGGCUUGUUCGUUGGGCCAAGGCCUACCUGGCCUGCCCGUCGCGCUUCACAAAAGAGAUUGAGGCGCUGCCGCCGGCGUCUGCUGCCGCCCGUUCGCUGUGCGACGAGCUCGUGCCACCAAAUCCAAAGCACAACGGACAGCCAAGCAAGGCCCGGAAAUGGCUCCUCCAGGGCAAGACAAAGCGAGAACCGCGCAAGAAGUCCAUGGACAGACCAGGUCUCGGCAUCAUCACGCCGGAACAGAAGAAGCGAAUUAUGGCGUUAGCACCCCCGGCUCUCGCCAAUCAUUUUCUCUCCUACAGCCUCGACCACGACCAAUUUUUCUACACGCAUCGCACGACAGGGCGUGUUUUCUGGCUGCCGAGCCCUCUCGCAGCAGCCGCCGACAACGACCCGUCCGCGUCCUCCUCAUCUUCCGCAGCGCAAACCCCUUCCAUGCACACAGGUGUCCUGCACCCCGCUGGCAUGAACCCGGGAAGCAUGGGCCUGCCGCUGGGGCCCUUCCCCAUGUCGCCGGUGUACCCUGCAAUGCAGAUGGGCACUGCUGUCGGGCCACCGCUUCAUGCGCCCUCGAGCACAGCGCCGCCGCCGUCAGCCCCCGUCGCUGUUCACGCGGCCAAUGCCAACGGCGGCGAUGGCAGCACGCCCGCGAAGCGAGCAAAGCUGUUGUCCGGUGCAAGUGGCGCCCAGCCACAACAGAGCAAGCACACAGACGACGACGACGAUGAUGACGAUGAUGAUGAUGAUGAUGACGACGACGAUGAUGAUGAUGAUGAUGAUGAUGAUGAUGGCCGUGAUGGUGAUGUUGCAGUGCAAGGUCGUGGCGAGGAGGAGGACGCGAUCAAGACGGAGCAGUCGGACGCAGCCGACCAAAACGCACCACAACCUGACCGGCCCAGCAAUGACAGUUCUGACAGCGACGAGACCUACGAAGAAGACGACAAUGGCGGUGAUGAUGAACGCCUGGCCGUCGAAACAGUAGCAGCUGCGGCAAGCAGGACAGGCCCUGUUGAGCAGGCAGCGGCUGAUGCUGGUGCAGAGGACGACGAGCGGGAAGCCAGCAGCAUCGCGCCACCGCCACUGGUGCCGACUGCGGAACAAGUCAUGGAGGCCAUCCACGCGCAACGCGCUGGCAUCCGUGAUGGCGGCGAAGCGCAGUCUGCAUCCGGCUCGUCUUCCUCUUCGUCCUCCUCUGCCUCGCCCUCUUCCUCCAAGCCUGCUUCUGUAGCACAUGCUCCACAAGUCGCAGCCUGACCCUGUUGCUCAUCGUGCAUGUGUGUGUAUGUGUGCGUGUGUAUGUGUGCGUGUUUUGUCCACUGCGAUGCUUGGUUUGGUGUGGACGUCCUUGUCCUUAAUGACAACUUUUGAAGAAGCCAAGUGUUACAUGCACCUCCCAGCAUACUUGACUUGCUUCUCAUUUUGACGUGCUUGUUGCUUUGCUGUUCGCGUAGGCUGUCUUUCUUGUUUCCUGCUUUUCUUUGCUGCUCUUGUUCACCUGCUGCCUGUGCUCUUUUGCUUGCCUCCAGCGUGGCUGGCGUGCGUAUCAUUCGUUUGACGUGACGAACCACAUGUCCCUGCUUGCCUGUCUUGCUUGCUUGUUCCUGCUCUCCUGCUCUCCUCCUGCUCCCCUGCCCUCCUCUUGCCUCUCGUGUAGA